GCCGUGUUGUAGUGUUGAUAAUAAACAGAUAAGUUAUCCCGGAGAGAGCGAUAUUUAAUAUUUAUGUGGAAUUACUGGGGCGCGUCGAUAUGUCAAGAUCGAGGGAAUGAUAGAUCCGAGGACGUAAACAUUCAAACGAACAAACAAAAUAUUGAAUAAAAAUAGAACUCUUACGCAACAUACAGUUUAAGAGAAUUACGAGAGGGGUUAUGAAAAGUAAAUCUAUAUUUGUAUAUUGUUUUUUUUUUACUUGUUUGAUACCUACACUUGUCUCUCUUUCUCUCUCGAUCCUUGAAAUAAUGAAGCACAUUGUGAGUCGCUGAGUCAGCUAUAUACCGGACGAGUGUAAAGUCCGUUUUCAUUUUGUGGAAGCUUCAGCAGCGAGUGAUUUACACGGUCCGCCGGAACGGAGGGAAGAAGUGUGAAAUAAGUGGAAACUCGUCUCAUCAGUGAAGGAAGAUUUUUAAGCGGCGAGAUGAAGCGAUUGAUACUGUUGGCUCUCGCGGUCACCAUAGUGAUGUGCCACGAGCCGUUUCAAGUGAUCUUCGAGUGGAAGACGAUCGACACACAGUGGCCGUCGGACGAAGAGCGGCUUUACGCCGGCACGCACGGUGAUUACAUCCCGGCGAACAACUUCAUAGCCACCGUGAAGUUCUGGAAGGACAAGAUGUACCUGACGAUGCCGCGGUGGAAGGACGGCGUGCCGGUGACGCUCGGCGUCACUUCGGCGACGCCGGUGAACGGUACAACGGCGCCCUUGCUGGAGCCCUUCCCCAGCUGGGCCAUGCAGAAGCUGGGUGACUGCUACGCGUUCCAACUGGUCCACAGCAUGGAGAUCGAUCCGAAAGGGCGCAUGUGGGUGCUCGACACCGGCCGGCCGACGACUCUCAGGGAACUCACCGCCAACUGUCCCGCGCGUCUCGUCAUCCUCGAUCUCGAGAACGCCGGCAAAAUCCUGCGCAUUUACGAGUUCCCCGAUCACGUGGCUCGUCGCGGUGUCACCUAUCUCAAUGACAUCGUUCUCGAUCACGAAGACGGCGUGAUGGCGUACAUCACCGAUAGCAGCAAGGAUGACCCUGGGAUCAUCGUGUACUCACUGAAGAACAAUACCUCGUGGAAGAUCCGCCACGAUUCGAUGAAGGCGAAGUCCGAGGCGGUUACGUUCAUGGUGGCGAAGACGCACGUGAUACUGCCGACGCCUGUGGAUGGUAUAGCGCUUUCGCCAGCGAGUAGCAGCAACAGGCAAGUCUACUAUUCGCCCUUGUCUUCCUUCCACCUAUACUCGAUCCCGGUGUCUGCUUUGAAGAAAAACGCCACGAAUAUUGACCAGUAUGUGAGAGAACUCGGACGGAAGAGUUCGCAGACGGACGGCAUGAUAAUGUCGGCCAAAAGUGUGCUUUACUUCGGCCUGUUAGCCGACGAUGCCAUCGCCAUGUGGGACACUAAGAAUUCGUCGUCCUUCACCAUCGGCCAGCGCGUAAUGUCACGGGAUCAUGUGUUGACGCAAUGGCCAGAGAGCUUCGCCUUCGACGAGAACGGCUAUCUCUGGUGCGUCGUUAACACGCUGCAGAACUUCUUGAAUAGUCGCGUCAACGUUAGUACGUCCAACUACCGUCUCAUCAGGACGCGCGUGGGUGCCAGAAGUUACCAGUACUACGAGAACAACACGGCGCCGGAAUUGCCGGACAUCACCGCCGGCGCCGACUCCGUCAGUCUCGCGUUUGCCACGCUGCUUUCUGUAAUUUUGGUACUCGUCGCGAAGUAGUCGCCUCUUCCUUCCAUGGAAAACCGCGCGCAGAAGGUGGUAGCGGGAAGUGGCAGCUUUGUACACUUGGUGCGAGAAUGCGAAAGAAACGACCCGUAAGUCCACGGUUUUACAGUCAGCAGUCACUUAAAUUACAUUAACUUUUCAACGUGCGCGACACCUUUCCACGGUAAUUAAUUUAUAUGUUUUAAGUGUAAAUGUAAGUAUAUAAGUAUAAUACGGGGCGAGGAAUGUGCGAAUACGAGGCACGCGCGACGAGAAAGACGUUUGUCGAGAGAAGUGCAUCCGGUAGAUACGAUGAUGAUUGAAGAUGAGAAAUCAAUUUCAUUCACGAGCAAUGUCAAAGAUUAUCGCUCUCGCGCGUUCUUUCCUCCGCCAAAUAAGAAGAAAUAAGUUUUCUCUCGAUCAUAUUUUUCCGAUCGUACUAAUUUCGAUGUCCGCUUGCAUCGCGAGUCUUUGAAGAGGACGCUGAAGAAGAGAGGAAAAUAGAAUAUUCGAGGAAUGUUGUUCGCUUGCGCAUAUGAAACGGUGCGAUACCUGAGAGUCACACAUUCGACAAUUUCCACUGUCCGGAUUUUCGCUGACCCCCUUUACAUAGUCUCGAAAUUAUUUAUAAAUCAGCUUCUGCUUAACUCGAAGGGAAUCGCGCCGGAGGUGUCCCUCACCAAUUUCCGACGAAUAUCAGUGCUGAACACUUCCGAUGAUCGGUCAGAUCAGAAUGCGGGAGAGGCAGGGAGGAUUCGCGAGUAUAUCGGAAUUACCAGCUCAUGUUUUUAUUUCGAUCAUGCAGCUGCUGCUGCAGUUCUGAGUCGCGCAUCAUGACAUCGUUUGCGAAGGCCGUCGUUGCCGCCGCUGCUAAUCGCAUAACACUGGUACAAGUCUUGCGUAGAUGAAAGUUCAAUAUGUAGGUCGAUUUGUACAAUAUUAAUAUCAAUGUAUGUAUACGUCUGUGUAACACUUGGUAUCUCCAGAUCUGAUCCCGAAUAGUCGUACGCGAUUCUUUGCUCUGAUCAACUCGUGUUACUUCAAUUUCACGUCAAAUCUCUCCGUGUGUGUAUAUAUAUAUAUAAAGCAUUUAUUAAUAUUUAUUAUUAUCGUUAUUCUUCUUAUUAUACAUUAUUAUUAAGAAAUCGUGAAAAUUAUUAGUAAUAUUAAUUGUUAUCGGUGCUAUUAGCGCGUUAUGUCGAAUAUCACAGAUAUUAAUGAACGUUCACUUCGCAAUAUAUAUAUAUAUAUAUAUAACAAGAAAGGCGAAUUCCAAAUAAAGAUAUUUAUUUCAUAGAACGUCGUCCUCGUGCUUCUUCCUGGACUGUGGUCGACAAGUUGUUACGCUUCGCGCAUGCAAUAUGCACGCCGAUGCGAUGAAUCACGCCUCGCGAUGUUUUUCUCUCGUCGAUAAUCCUUCGAUCCAUCAGUGUAAAUAAUACCGUAUCUGUAUCGCCGACAUACUCUCUCAUUAACCGGCGGCACUUUCCUCUCGGCGAAAAGCCCGCCCGAGAUCGCCGUUGGCUAGAAGGACCGCUUAAUGAGCGUAUUAUGCGCUCACUGCGCACACGUUGAAUAGCAGGUGCGAUCACGUUGACUUUACAGCAUGGCGUUUUGUAACACGGUUCGUUGACUGGCGAAUGUUUCGUGACUCCGCGAACGACUGCGCGUGUCACACGUAUAUAUUGCACACGCGUGCGUGCGUACAUCAUCGUGUAAAAGUGGAACGGUGCACGAGGACAAUUGUGGGAAGUCGUUUUUCCAUCCUCUCUCUCUCGUUUCUCUUUUACGAGAUGUGUACGCGCAUAUGUACACUGACGCCGAUUGCGUAAAAAUAAAGAAGCGCGCCCCCCUCGAUGAGAAGGAGCGAAUUAUACAGCUACAGGCGAGACAAGCGGUCUCGAAGUCGUGCGUUAACUUAAUUAUUGCGAGCGUUCCCGCUAGUGUAUCUUGCAUAUCGUGUUUCGUUCGGAGAACACAGGUCGGUGACAUGUACGCUGUAUCAUUCUUCAGAUGGAAAAUUAUGUGAUUUUCAGCCUUACAUAUGUACACACAAGAUCAAAGCAAUUAGAACUGAAAUUAUUAUAACUCUACCGUUGUAGUUAGAAUUGUUUAUGCGAUUUUCAACCUUAUACGUUGUGAGUGUGAGGCUGAAAAUCGUGUAAUUUCCGAUCUGAGGAACGGUACAACGUACAUGACGCCGACCUAUAAUUCGAUUGUCUCUCUUCCACCUCUUGAUUUAUAAAACCUAAAGAGCAUCGCGCGCGUUUAUAGCCCUGUUACUCUGUUCGGUGCCCACGAAACGUCAUCGUCGUCGUCUCCGCUUCCAUCACAUUAGCGGAUAAUAGGUGGGAGUGAUGCGGCGAUUUUACGUACAAUAACACGAUGAAUUCUCGUUUGGUGACAAAGUAGUACAUGUCAAGAGACUCGGUGUGUGUAUGUGCGUGACUCAGGCAGAAUUGCAUAACCUACUUAAGCCCGCUGCCGUUCGGUGUUACAUUCGUAAGCAUCAUCGUCACACGAGCGGAAUACUAAUAGCUGUCUCACCUUGGU